GGUUGGACCUGUCAUAAUGUCGCCCCAGAUUGUAAACAAACAAAUGUGAUCCGCUUGCACGUGCUUUCUGCCUGUCGCUUGGUGCUGUACAGAAGCGGAAUUCAAACGAUAUCAACGAUACGCACGCAGGACAUUGUAAAGCAAACAAAAUGGAAGAGUUAGCUAAAACGGACGAAACCAAAAAUGGCGAUCAGGUGGAGAUCAAGCAAACGAAACCAGAAGUUAGUGAAAUAACCAGCCAGUCAUCCUCCACCAUUGCUACGGAAGAUGGCGGGAAAGUGAAUCUGGAGGAGAAACCCAUUGAACCAUUGCCAUCUGCAGCUGAUACGAGUUCUGCAGUGUAUGAUCUUUCCAAAAACAGCAAAGGUGAAGAAAAAUUGGUAGAAAUAACGGACGCGAAAAGCGCUAAGGAAUCAUCAGUAGUUACAGCCGCAGAAGCAACUUCUGAAAGUGCGAUUAUAGCUGAUGCCCUAGAACGUACUACGCCAACUGAAGCAGACGAUAAGUGCGUACAAGAAACAAAAGAAACGUUAUUGGUCCAAGCAGUAGAAGCAUCUACAGAACCGUUGUUGAGCCCAGCCGUAGAACAAUCCAAAGAAACUGAGUGCGAAAUCAAUUCGACCGUUGUUGAAGAAAAGGCACAGGAAGAACCAACCCCCACUAUGGAUGGUACGGCUGAGCCAACCACAAAUCAGGCAAUGGAAGUAGAGGAACCGGUGGAACCGGAGCAGGUUCCGGUGGUUACCGUUUCGAUCCAGGAACAAAUCGCUACCGAACAGAAACUCGAAACAGAGGCAGUUCAAAAGAUCAGCAAUAGUUCAUUGUCGAUGCUGUGUCAGUAUUCCGGUAGCUCCGAUUCGGAAGCGGAAGACACUGACGCAUCCAAAGAGGUGGAGAGCGUAAAGGUAUGUUCCUCAUCCUCUUCCUCCGACGAUAGUGACGUUGAGGUUGUUCAAGGUAACACCUUGGCUGCCGGGGGCUAUCGUGUACGGGAUGAUCCAAUACUGGUCAGCGAUGCCGAAACCAUGGACACAAACGCUGCCUCUUCGGAGGAUGAAAAUGAUGAUCCCGUCAAGGGUCCAAUUCGAACGGCGGGAGAAAUACUGCCCCACGAACUGCCUCCCAUCGAAGAGCUUACCAUUACCGUCCCGGAGGCGGAAUGUAAGCCGAUUGGACACAUAGAAUCGAUCGUGGCACAGAUCGUGCUGGUGCAGUCCGUUGUCGGUGCCGAGCUACUUAAUUUGGACACAGUACUAUUUCUGGAGCGUGGAAAACGUGCAUUGGGCAAAAUAUUUGACGUGAUCGGACAGGUAAACCAGCCCAUCUAUUGCGUGCUGUUCAACUCGAAUCAGGAAAUAUUGACCAGAAACAUCACCCCCGGAAUGGAGGUGUUUUGCGCACCGAGGACAGAGUACACCUCGUUCAUCAUUCUGUCGGAGCUGAUGCGCACCAAAGGAUCCGAUGCCAGCUGGAUGCACGAUAACGAAAUUCCAGCCUACCUGGCGGAGCAUUCGGAUGAUGAGGAGGAACGGAUGGCUAAAAGAAACCGUAAGAAGGUUGCCGCCAACCGUCAGCACAGCCAACCGGAUGGCGAAAGUAGCGAGAUGGGCAAUGACGAGCAACACCGCCAGCAACAACACUUUAAUCCACGGCAGCCUAGCCCAUCGACAUCUAGAGGCCUAUACUCACGACCACCGCCGCAGGGCGGCAGACAGUUUAAUCCACGCUAUUCUUCCGGUAACAGUUGGCAUCACAACUUCAAUCCGCGCUACAGUCAUCCGCAACAAUAUAGGCCACGCUUUGCUCCACGCAACCAACAACAGUUCCCACCGAUACCGCACAUGCAACCGCCACCGCAAGGGGGUUUGUAUCUGCGGAAUCCUUUCGCAGGUCAGGGUCCGCCGAGACCACCACCGUCAUAGGGAUCGAAUUGGUCACAAGAGACAAGACACAAGCUAUUGGAUAACGAUUGGUACAAUGGUGGUAGGAGUUGGAGUAAGAUGUUUUCAUUUUUUAUUGCUUAAUUUACAUUUCGAGAAUUAAGAAGCACUGUUUUAUGUAGAACUAAUGAUUGAAAUAUAAUUGUGAAUUAUACUUCUUUACAUA